AUGGGUCAGGGGAGGGCCUUGCAAGAACCAGACAAGUCUGUGAGGCCGGCAUCGGUGACUCACCGUGAAGAUGCCCUGCAGGACGAGUUGCCAGAGAUCCCAGAUGCUCCCCGGCUCAUGACCACAGGGUUAAACGGGAAGGAACACAGCGUGUUCACGGGUGUGGCAAUUGUCCACUGCUCCAGCACAGGCGAUAGGCUGGAGACCAAAGUCUUGGAAUUUCACGAGGAAACCAAAGUCAAGUUCUCGGAGCUGUCUGAGGAGCUGCUAUGGGAGUACAUCCACAGCGGGGAGCCCAUGGACAAGGCGGGCGGCUACGGCAUCCAGGCGCUGGGCGGCAUGCUGGUGGAGCACGUCAGCGGGGAUUUCCUCAACGUGGUGGGCUUCCCGCUGAACCACUUCUGCAAGAAGCUGGCCCAGCUGUACUGCCCGCCCCCCCACGAGGCCGCACGGUGCGUCAAGCACGACUCCAUCCCGUCCGUCGACACCUUCAAGGACCUGAGUGACGAGGAGGGCAGCGGCCAGCCAGGCGGCGACCGGCAAGAGGCCGCCUGCAAUGGCACAGUGGAGACCCCGCCCCCCUUUCCCACGGAACUUCUCGGUCUCAUUGAGGGCUUCAAAGGGUCCAAGGUCCUGUUCACGGCCUGCAAGCUGAAGGUGUUUGACGUCCUAAAGGAUGGAACCAUCCUGACGGCCGAGGACAUCGCAAGCAAAAUCGACACCUCGGUGUGUGGAACGGAGCGGCUGCUGGAUGCCUGUGCCACGCUGGGGUUGCUGGAGAGAUCCGAGCGAGGUUAUAGCAACACGGAGUUGGCGAGGCUGUACCUGGUGUCGGAGGGCGAGCACUCACUGCACGGUUUCAUCACGCUCUGCAAUGAAUACACCUGGGAGCUCUUCACACACCUGGAGUCCGCCAUCCGAGAGGGCACGAACCAGUUCCACGAAGUCUCCGGGAGGAGGGCGGACAACUUGUUCAAGUGCCCCAUUCCAUUGCAGGACUCCUCCCGAAGCAAGGAGGCGCAGCUGCAGUUCAUGCACGCCAUGCACGACCUCACCAAGCUGAGCGCGCACGCCGUGGCCACGGCCUUCGACCUGUCCCGCUUCACCUCAGCCUGCCACCUGGGAGGCUGCACGGGAGCCCUGGCCCACGCCCUUGUCCAGGAGUACCCGCACCUAAAGGUGACCGUGUUUGACCUCCCGGAGGUCCUCGAGCUCGCCCCCAGCUUCCAACCUGCCAGAGAGCAGGCGGCUCAGAUCCACUUCAUGCCAGGUGACUUUUUCCAGGACAGGCUCCCCGAAGCAGAACUGUACGUCCUGUCCAGGAUUAUCCACGAGUGGCCGGAGGACAAAGUCCAUCAGUUACUGGGCAAAAUCUCUGAGCGUUGCAAACCAGGCGGCGGGCUCCUGGUGGCAGAAGCCAUCCUGGACGAGGAGCGGCGAAACUCGAGGGGUGCCUGGGUGCAGUCGCUGAGCACGCUGCUGCAGACGCAGGGCCGCCAGCGCAGCGGGGAGGAAUACCAGCGCCUGUUGAGGGCGCAAGGCUUCCACGACGUGCGCGUGGUGCGUACGGGGGCGCUGCUGGACGCUGUCCUCGCCACGCGAUGAAGAUGGGCCUCGCCGCGCGGUAUAGACGGGGCCACGCUGCGAAGACGCUGUGAAGGUGCGGACCUCACCACGCGUUGCCCGGGCACUCGCGCACAUUGAGCUCCGCGCGCCUGGGCGCAUCCGCACAGACUCUUAGAGCGUUCUGGGCAAUCGCUGUCCCCAAACGCGGGUUGUUACACCUAUGUUUACACACCAGAGCAGCACUGGGACGUGCUGGCCACAACAGCCUGAUUAAAAGAAGCGCAAAAAGCACUCUGCCCUCCUAGUUUGUUUGGGGCGCUUUGAGGACAAACAGUAUUGCAGUCCCGGGGAGAAAGAGGAAGGGCUGCUGAGCGGGCCCCUAAAGAGGCAUGGCUCGGGCCACGCAGACACCGCCUUCGGAAUAAUCUGUGCAGGCAUCGGUGUCGGAAGGCAUGGAGGCCCCUGGGCUCUUUCUGUGGCAGGAAUUAGUGUUCCCAUGGCACUUUGCUCUGUCCAUUGGUUUUGGCCUCUUAUCUCCUCGGCACUAACUUCUGGCAACCCCCUGCACAAGGGAAGAAAACACUGCCCGGUCCUGUGCCAUCCCCAUGAUGCGUGUGCAUCGGACUGUUGUGGUCCAUAGGGUUUUC